ACAACCACCUACGAUUAUGUUUUAAUGGUGCUUAAUUGGUGACUCAACCACCUACCAACUGAAGAAGAAACAGGUUAUGUGCUUUAUUUUUGUUUACUUGGUUACUUAAAUCAGCGAUGUCUUUGGAAAGAAUCUUGUAUCUUGUGAAUGCGACAAACGGAUCUACGAAAUCAAAUGAAGACUUCGAUAUAAAUAAUUCUAAAUGCAUAUUGGGGAUCAGUCAAGGACUUACAUCUUUAUUGUAUGACCCCAAGAAACAGAAAAUCAAGAACAGACACUUGUACAUGAAAUUUAUCAAAGAUCUCUGCAUGCAAAAGGGUGACCACUUUGCAAUUACAGAAGAGUCAUGCAAUAUAUAUUUGAACAGUUUAGAAUUUUCUGAAGAUGAGUUCCAAUUCAAGAAAGAACUUGCUGAACCCAAUGAGAUUUUAAAUUUCUUUGAAAACCAAUUAAACAAGCAUAUAAGCAAGCAAGGGGCUAUUGAUUUCAUAAAUAGGAAAGAUCAAGAAGCUUUUGGACAAGACUUUGAAUUUACUCCACUUAGAACUAUAGAAUAUCACACAGAUAACAAAGAGCUUUUAUCUAGUUUGAUUUCAAAACAAGAUAUUCCAAUUGAAAAAUGAUUUUUCGUCGAGGCAAAAACGCGUGGAUUUCGCCUAUGCGAUAAUGAAUCUCAAAG